AUGCCGGUCAAGGCCCUGUGCGGCUCACCAGGCUACAUCAACUUCCUCGACUCCCUGAAUGCCUGGGCGCUUGUCCGCGAGCUCGCCGAGGCUACCGGUCUGCCCGCUGCUGCCAGCUUCAAGCACGUCUCGCCCGCCGGUGCUGCCGUCGGUGUGCCCCUCACCGACCUCGAGGCCAAGGCAUUCUUCGUCGAUGAUCUCGGCCAGCUUUCGGGUCUCGCCACCGCCUACGCCCGUGCCCGUGGUGCUGACCGCAUGUCGUCGUUCGGCGACUUUAUCGGUCUCUCGCACCCCGUCGAUGUGCAGACGGCCAAGAUCAUCUCGCGCGAGGUGAGCGACGGUGUCAUUGCCCCCUCGUACGAGCCCGAGGCUCUGGAGAUUCUUCGCAAGAAGAAGGGCGGCAAGUACUGCGUGCUCGAGAUCGACCCGCAGUUCCAGCCCUCGGACAUCGAGACGCGCACCGUCUACGGCGUGCAGCUGCAACAGCGCCGCAACGACGUCAAGAUCACCAAGGACCUCUUCACCAACAUUGUUUCGGAGAACAAGACCGUACCUGAGGGGACUCAGCUCGACUUGAUGGUGGCCACGCUCGCCCUCAAAUAUACCCAGAGCAACUCGGUCUGCUACGCCAAGAACGGUCAGGUGAUUGGUCUUGGUGCUGGUCAGCAGUCGCGCAUUCACUGCACCAGGUUGGCAGGCAGCAAGACGGACAACUUCUGGCUGCGUCAGCACCCACGUGUGCUCAGCUUGCCGUUCAAGAAGGGCACCAAGCGACCAGAGAAGUCGAACGCCAUCGACCUGUUUGUCGAGGGCACCGAGAACCUCUCUGCCGAGGAGCAGGCCGAGUGGGAGGCCGUGUUCGAGCAGGUCCCCGCCCCGCUCAGUGCAGCGGAGCGCAAGGAACACGCCGAAAAGCUCACCGGUGUCGUCUGCGCCAGUGAUGCCUUCUUCCCCUUCCCCGACAACGUUCACAGGGCCAAGAGGAGCGGUACCAGUUUUAUCGUUGCUCCUGGUGGAUCAGUUAUGGACGACGCCUGCGUCGCUACGGCCAACAAGUACAACAUUGUCGUCGUGAGGACCAACUUGCGUCUUUUCCACCACUAG